CAGGAAAGGUGUCACGGCGCCAUGCCAGUUUGAUCCCAGCCGUCAUCAUGGAAACUUUGUAAGAUUUUGAUCUACGUGUAUUGCUAUGCCUUUCAAAAUGGCAGCUUUUAUCUUCACAACCUUGAAGUUUGGCACUAUUUCUUCUCUUGUUCUGAUGUGGAGACGGGCUGUACGGAGGGACGCACUUGACACACCGGCUUAUGUUUCGGGCAGCGCGGGUAUUGCAACGUGUGUAUGUGGAAGGUGUUGGCCGCUGCUCUUCCACCAUGGCUUCGAGCUCUCCCACCCCGCCCAAGGUGCCCAGACUGACGGAGAGGCUGGUGUGGGUGGACCUGGAGAUAAGAAUGCAUGGUGCUGGUAUGAUGGAGUCGGAUGAGGAGGGUGUGGUGAUGCUGCUUGUUUCUGACCUUGAAGAAAUUGAAGGUGAUGACUAUGCUGACACCAGUGAGGAAGAAAUGACUGGUCUGGAUGUGUCGAAGGAAGAGAUCAUGGAGGCAGCAGUAAUAGUGACAGACAGUGACCUAAACAUCGUGGCUGAGGGUCCCAACCUGGUCUUGAAGGUGGAAGAUAAAGUCCUCGAUAACAUGAAUGACUGGUGCAAGGAGCAUCAUGGAAAGUCAGGGUUGACUGAAGCAUGCAGGAAAAGCACCAUCUCACUCUCAGCUGCUGAGGACCAGUUGCUGCAGUUUGUGGCAAAUCAUACUGAAAAAGGGAAGGCACCGUUAGCAGGAAACUCGGUACAUGCUGAUAAGAAAUUCCUUGACAAAUACAUGCCCAAAUUGAUGAAACACCUCCACUACCGGAUUGUUGAUGUCUCAACGGUGAAGGAAUUGUGCAGACGCUGGUAUCCUGAGCAGUUCUCAGCGGCUCCUACGAAGAAGGUGUCUCAUAGAGCUCUUGAAGACAUAAAGGAAAGUAUUGAAGAACUAUCGUAUUACAAAUCAUCCAUAUUUAAAUAAAAAAGUACAAUACAACAAAA